CUACCAAUCAUUCCGCCAUGCUCAGUUCAAUCAACACCUACCUCUAAUUCACAAUGCAACCACUUCGCUUUGCAAAGCUGCGUGCGGCCUCCGCUGCAAACACCAAACAGGCCACGAAAUGCCCUCGUAGCUUCCGAUUCCAUCCAUCGCAAAAUGGUGCUCAACGUAGGACAAUAGGCAGCAUGGGCAGUAACCCUGAAGCAAAGACCAGUGAUGUGACGGUGAUGGCAGGUCUUGGUCUGGCUGUCGGCGGUAUCUAUCUCGCUCUCAGCAACGACCUACGUCCCUUGUCGCAUCGCGACCAUGAAGCAAAUCUCCAGGCGCAUCCGACACAGCCUGGCAAGUUGGUAGGCGAGAAUGACGAAAACAUGCGCAGCCACAGGAUCACGAAGGGGGACGACCCCAGUGCACCAGGUGCCGGCAGGCCCGAUCAAGAUAUAGGUCUAAGAGGCCAUUCAUCAAAAGACUCGUCAAAAGCCAUGAACCCAGGCGCGAUAUCCCCAGACGUGGCUGAUCCGUCCGAUCCUCGUGGAAAGCCCAGGAGCUUCAACUACAUGUCUGGAAAGCAGGAGGGUCUUUCCAACGGCAACACUCACCAUAGCUCUCAAAUCUCCAAGCAGCCAGAGAUGAGCAAGAAGGGUGAAGGUGUUGCUGAAACUGCCAAACUCAAGGGUACCGUGUCUACUAACCGUCCUGGUCCUGAGAACAAGGAGCAGCGAGGCAAGGCUCAAAUGGAGAAGGAGUAGUGUAGAUGGUCCUUGAAUACUACUUUCAAUCAUCGGUUCUGGUC